UAAUUCCCCUCAUCUUCCGACUCUUCUCUGUCUUGUCAACAAAGAAAACUCUAUUUCCUCUUCUUCCAUCGUUCACAGUUCAGCAAAAACUAAAUCAGUACUAAAAACAACAAAAGGAUAAAAACGUAAAAAUGAGCAGCAUUGGAACUGGUUAUGACCUGUCAGUUACAACAUUCUCGCCUGACGGCAGAGUAUUUCAGAUCGAAUACGCCGGAAAAGCUGUAGACAACAGUGGUACUGUUGUUGGUAUCAAAUGCAAAGAUGGAAUCGUAUUGGGAGUUGAGAAGCUGAUUGCAUCAAAAAUGAUGUUGCCCGGAUCUAAUCGAAGGAUUCACUCCGUUCAUCGUCAUUCUGGCAUGGCUGUUGCAGGGCUGGCUGCAGAUGGGAGGCAAAUUGUUGCCCGCGCAAAAUCUGAAGCAACCAGCUUUGAAAGUGUAUAUGGUGAACCAAUUCCGGUGAAAGAGCUUGCAGAACGUGUUGCUAGUUAUGUACAUUUAUGCACGCUUUACUGGUGGCUCAGGCCUUUCGGAUGUGGGGUGAUCCUCGGAGGCUAUGAUAGAGAUGGACCGCAACUCUACAUGGUUGAGCCGUCUGGUGUCUCCUAUAGGUACUUUGGUGCUGCUAUUGGGAAGGGCAGACAAGCUGCAAAGACAGAAAUUGAAAAGUUGAAGCUCUCUGAAAUGACGUGUCGGCAGGGAGUAAUCGAGGUAGCCAAAAUAAUUUACGGAGUACAUGACGAGGCAAAGGACAAGGCAUUUGAACUGGAGAUGAGCUGGGUGUGUGAUGAGUCUAACCGACAGCAUCAGAAGGUUCCUAGUGAUCUGUUAGAGGAAGCGAAGGCUGCAGCCAAAGCUGCACUUGAAGAGAUGGAUGCAGACUAGUGGCACAAAGACACCUUAUUCCUUAUUUAUCCAUGAACCUACCUUUUAUAACCUGAGUCAAAUAGUCUUGCUCUGCCAUGUUUGGAAUUUGGCACCUAUAUGACGAAUGCUUUUAGUGAUGAAUGAGAUUUGAUAUUGCUUUUAACUUUUGAAACUGUAAUCUGUACAAGUAAUUUCCAAGAUCAAGAGGAUAGGUUAUAUUCUCCUA